UAUUUUAGGUGUUUUCCAACAUGUAAAUUCAACAGACUGGAGUUUUCAUCAAUUAAAAAUUGUAGGGAUUGGAAGGAGCCUCUGGAGAUCAUCUAGUCCUACCUAGUGCUAAAGCAGGUUCGCUACAGCAGGUUGCACAGAAAAACAUCCAGGAUGGCAAAUUUUGAGCAGUUUCACUGUGACUUUUACCAGUCCAAUUACAACAUAGAUGACCAAGAAGAUUACAACACUUGUGACUCUAGUGGAAACAGAAAGAGCCAGAUAGGAGACAGACCUCUGGCUGGCUCUUUUGUCCCCUCUGAAAUGCUGUUGCCACCUCAGAGUUACACAGGUCAGAUUUUACAUCCAACAGUUCCAUAUGGUUCCAACAUCAGCUCUGCUGGUGGUUUUGAUGAGGAACCUCCUUUGCUAGAAGAACUUGGGAUCAAUUUUGAGCACAUAUGGCAAAAAACUUUAACAGUUCUGAAUCCAAUGAAACCUGCAGAUGGCAGCAUUAUGAAUGAGACAGACCUCACUGGACCUGUGGUUUUCUGUUUGGCCCUUGGAGCAACGUUGCUGCUGGCAGGAAAAGUUCACUUUGGCUAUGUGUAUGGUGUGAGUGUCACUGGGUCCAUCACUAUGCAUGCCCUGCUGAACCUGAUGAGCAUCACAGGAGUCUCAUAUGGCUGUGUUGCAAGUGUUUUGGGCUACUGCCUGCUGCCCAUGGUGAUCCUGUCCUCUUCUGCAGCCAUCUUCCCUCUACAUGGGAUCCCAGGAACUUUGUUAGCUCUGUUUGUUAUUGGAUGGUGCAGCUUGUCAGCAUCCAAAAUUUUUACCACUGCCUUGGCCAUGGAAGGACAGCAGCUUCUUAUCGCAUACCCAUGUGCUUUGCUGUAUGGACUCUUUGCACUUCUGGCGGUUUUCUGAAAUAUAUUUCCUGGUAGCCUUAUUACAGUCUGUUUAUGUUUGUUAGAGGGAUAGGAGGUUAUUUACUUAUUUUUAGUUUGUGCAGAAUUGCAUUAAGUUCCAUUAAGAAAAUUAGAUCAUACAACUUACAUUUUAUUUGCUUAAUGGCUGAUAAGAAAAUAAAAUUAAGAAAAAGCAAACUAACAGGCAAAUGAUUGCAUUGCUGAUGUUUUGAGAAUCUUACAGCUUAGAGAAAAAAAAAACAAAACACGUUUGUAUUGAGCAGAUAGUAAAAAAGAAAUAAAUGACAAAAACAAAUCUUCUCUUUUGAGUGUUUAAUAUAUAUAGUACAUGCACUAGAGAGUAACUGGACAAAAAAUAUUUAAUAGAUUAGUAAUUCUAGUGAAAAUAAACAUGUUUCAGAAAAAAAAAAGAGCUUAUUAUUUGAUUACUGAUAACACAGAAUUUAUGAAUGUGUUUUUUUUCAGUUAUUAUUAUUAUUAUUGUAUAUAUUUAACAGAGGAUUUAGUGGCUCUGCUUUGUGAUGUGGAAUGAUUGUCCAAAUAACAGGAAGAACAGGUUGCUACAACAGAGAGAGGAAACUAGAAAUGUCAUCUUGUUUUAUUUUUAAGAGGUUUUGCUGUCCAAAACUCUAUUGUACUGUUUGUAAUGUACAGUAAUGUUAGAUUUUAAAAUUGCCACUAAACCACUGCCUGCUGUCACUGCAGAAAAGCACCACACAAAGCAAAUGCAGCUCCUAAAAAUGUCUCCUGAAAGGCACAACUGUAUUUAAGCAAACGAAAUAAAACCUCCUCAAUUUUAUCUGCUCCCCCACCCACACCCCACAACCUAUUUGCUGCUUUUAGUCUUACAGGAACCUAAAAUUUUUAUAACAGCAAUGAAGCACAGAAUGCACAAGAUGACAUUUCAAUACAUAAUAUUAGAAGUAUCAAGCCAUCAACAGAAAAUAGAGAUGUGUGUGCUGCCAUAACAAGAGUAAAAUCCAGUAGGCAGUGCUAGAAAAAAACCAUGUAGCUGUAGAAACAGCCAGGGAAGAGAAAUAUGAAAUAAAGGGAAAUCUGAAGGAAACAAAUGGUUGCAGAUUAUUUCAUCAGUGUUCUAGGAUGUCUUCCCUCAUGAUGAAUGUUUUUAUUAUUUUAAUUAUUCUCCAAUUUAUUCAUUAUUUGAUCUGUUCAGUGAAGUAACUGCAAAAUAUUUAUCUCACUAAACAGAGGACAAAUGCAGAAAUGCAAAAAAUAUAUAUGCAGAAGCUUAGGAUGGAGAAACUGCUCAGCAAUACAUGAAAAGAACUGUCUUCUUAAUCCUUUCCAUCCUUUUCAGGUCAGAGAUAGGUUAGAUGAUCGGUUUGUUCUCAUGCAAGUGAUUCUGUUUCUGAAUUGAAAGAGCCAUUGAUAAAAACAUUUCCCAUUGCUCACAUAUUUGUUUUCAAGAGCACUUGAGGGAACCUUUAUGGAAUUCACUGUACUGAAGUCCCAUGGACUGAAUUCAUAGUAGACUUGAGAAGUAAAUGAAAGUUAAUGUAUACUUAUCCAGGCCUUAAAAAUCACAGCUCAUUUCUAGAAAAGGAUUUGUUGUAUUUACACAUUUCCUUCUUGCAAGGCUGUGAGCACAAGUAAGGAGAGGCAAUGCUGGAGGUAUAAUUCUGGUGCAAACUAUGGAUAUUACUACUUGGGUUCUUGUUGCAGGUUAUAGAGGGAAUUUUGUGGAUGUGGUGGAUCAGCAUUUGUGGGUGUGAUGGAUUUGGCCCUGCUGCAUUAAGGAUUAAAUUAAUGAGAUGCAGAUAAACACACUGUGUGACUCCAGGGUAUGGUUAUAAAAUCAGUCCAUUUGAUUUACCAUGUACUGAUGCCCAUCUCUGAAUGGGGAAAGACUCAUAUGAUUUCUCUUCUGGUGUGCAGAUAAGACUGUAAAGGAAAAUUUAGAUCCAUUUUUGUUCCACACUGACUAAAACAAGUAUGAAAUUCCACUGCUCCAUAGUACUUUAUAUACAUUCUCUUCCUGAUAUGAAUGAAAUGACUGGCAGGAGGACUAGUGAAUAGAGCCAUGGUUUUGUGUUUUGAUGUCGGAGACAAGUCACAUUACUUAUGGAGAAAAUAAACACCUUGAAAAUUUCCCACUGUAUUUACAAAGCAAACACAAGUCUAAUUAUAGAUUUAACUUUAUUCUCUCAGGAUUUAUAACUUUUUUUGCAUUCUCACACCUGCAUCACUUCAGCUGCUAAAUUCUUACUUUUAAUUACUUUCCUUGCUUUACUGGUGAGCUAUUCUGUUUUACUCUUACCUGUCCCCAAGAUAUUUCCACCAAGUGGCGUGUGCUGGUGCUGCACUCCCAGCAUGGCGUCCUUGAGGGGUCUCUAUGUUGUCCAAGAGGAUUUAAUCCUCUUAACCAUUCUCCUUCAACUUCUUUUAAACAAGACUCUUCCUUUCUACAUAGUUAUCCUUUCUGAAGUUGAGAAUAAUCAUGGUGCUGCUUUUGGCCCUUCUAUUCCUGUGUUGUUCCUCACGUCAAUAUUACCCUACACAUAAAAUAUAUAUUAUUUUAUUGCAUGUUGUUAUACAAGCUGUUACUGUAAGAAAUGUUAUUUUGAUCUAAAAUAAAAACAGUUCAAAACAUAUAUCCCGUAACAUACCCCUUUUCCAUCUCUUUGAGCAGGCUUUCUCAAUACCACCUCGUUUUCCUAUACUUUCCCUUGUCUAGGCCAUUGUAUUUCACUCCCUCACAUCAUUCCAUGAAAAUUUAAUACAAGUCUGGCAAGCUAUUGCUUUCAACUUGCCAAAGAGAGGAUUAUAAAAUAAUAAUGGGUCACGGACUGAUUUUUAAUUCAUGCUUCCUACCCUGAAGAGUUACAAAAACAGAAGAUUUAAACAUAAGCUUCAAAGCAAAAGGGAGAAUACGGUUUUGGAGGAGGAAAGUUGCUGAUCUGUCUUUAGUUUCUUGAUUGUGUCUGCAUGCAUAUGAAACUUCAAUUCUGAAUGCAUAUUUGCACACAAAACCCUGUAGUUUCUUAGUUUCUUGGUGUUAUUUGUAAUGACAUAUUCAAGUGGUAAGGGGACAAGGUGUUCACCUGUCUUCCACUGACUCUGCUGUGUGCCAGACAUCCUCAAGGUCACCUUCAGAAACCAGCUGGAAGCAUUUUCCUGUAGUCUAAACAUUUUGCUGCUUUAUUGUGAUAGAACACAAAAGAAUGUUAAAGUGUACAUAUUUUGACUGAGGGAAGACUGUUGUAUGGCUUGGAGCAGGAAAUGAUGAUAAAAUGGGUAUCUGAACAGUGGCUGCUUACAAAAUGUUGGGUUGCAUCCAGAGAACCUGUCUACUUGACAAGCCAAGGAACGUGUUUCUAGUAAAAAUGACUGUGUUAUUUAUCAAAAAUCAUCUUGUCAUAACAUAUCAUCUUUAAAAGGUUAUAAUACAGGCCAAGAAUAGUUUACCUGUUCGUAAACUUAACUGAGGAUCAAAUGCUGCUGGCCCAGUAAAUUGGACACAUUCUGCAUGUCUUGGUGAAAUAGCUCUAUUAAUGAAGGGUUAAGUUUUUCUGUUUUUCAGAAUGGAAACCACAGAAGCAUUAUGUAAAAAAAGCAGUGAAACUAAUUUCAUAACAGCACUGAAUAUACCACUUGAGGAGACAUAACAGCUCUGUUUCUUGUCUUAAACCUCCAUUGCCACAAUGUUAUUUCAGCCCUUUACUAAGCAGCCACCUUUACAUGUUGGCAUUUCUUGUCCACAGAAUGAUCGUAAGUGAAGUUUGCAGUAAUGUUGAAUUAAUGACCUUUAUUUCUGUUUUUAAAGGGUAUAAUUGAAGGAAAAAUUCAAUAAAUUGUGUGCUUUAAAUUUCCUUUUCCUCCUCUAUUGUCAGGAGCAUAUUUAGUGGUCAAGCGUUUUUGGGCUUUUUCAUGCCUGGUACCAAAUAUAUACAUAUAUAUGAUAGAUUUCAGGACAGUGAAGCUGCAACAAGUUUUGGGCAGUACAUCAUUGCUUUCUGAGGUCUUAACAUUAUCAAACUAUUGACCCAGCCUAAGAGGUGAUGUAGAUGUUUUCAAAGAGUUCAGUGAUUGCAGCAUCCAGUAAGUCUUAUGGACAAUCACAGCAUGCAAUUGCAAAGCUCACAAUGACAUGAUGCAUUUAGUGGUUAAUGCAUUUUCUGGCAGAUAACAAAAGGCCACUGGAUCAGCAAGAAUAGAGUUACUGCUGUAUAACAUCUAUCCAAAUAAUCUAGAACAUUCAUAACCACUUGCCUAGAUUGCUGUAAAAUGAAACUGACCUAUACUUGUGUUGGCACCACUAGUAGAUAUGUUCCUUUUCAAAAUCUAUUCUCUGACAAAAUUUGUCCUUCACUGAUCCCAUUCUGAUUUCACCACUUAUGUGUUUAGUCUAAGCAAACUUCAAUGGUGUUAUUAGCAGUACUGAUUUUCUGGCCUUUGCCAUAUUUUCUCUGGUUAAACAGCCUCACCUACCCAAUGUUCUUGAUGGUGCAUUCUUAAGAGAGCUCAAAGAAUGCACAUGGGCUGAGUUUUAGUUGUGUUUGCCAAUACUUUUGAAAGAAUAAUGUUCGCAACAAUGGCAAUAUGUUUAAUGUGAUUACCAAGCACAUUUAUUAGACUCACGUUCUCAACAUUAGCUGAGAAAUGACUGGUGACCUCGGUGUUGCAUCAGUGAACCAGACAAAUGAUGAUAUUCACAGUGAUCUGCAUAAAGUUGUAUAAUGAAUACCUUGGACAACACAAACCCUCUGCUAUGGUAGCACUUUAGUUAUAAAUGCAGGAAGGAAUCCCAACCCUUUUUCUGCCACCAUGUUGAGUGCAGUGGUAAUGAGUGAGAAAAGUCCAUACAAGACACCAAACACACAUAAUCGUGAUUAUAAUAGACCACAUGGGAAGUCAACACUUUGUAGAGAACAAAGGGUAGAUCUUCAGAGGCACAAAAGCCAAUCUUUCUGAAAUUCACUGAGAACAGAGCUCGAUCUGUAAUUUGGUGAUUCUUCUGACAGCUUCUUGACAAGCACUCCUGAGUAAUCAAAGAGCAAGGAGCCACUGAGCCAACACUGUCAGUCACCCAGGGGACUGAUGGCCCACAUGUGAUUCCAGGUAGAGACAGCUACAGUAAUCAAACAAAAGAUGCUAUCCCAGUGUGCCAUUGCAAGAUAGGCUCCCUGGCUAUAACACUGCUCUUUUGUUUCAUUCCAAUUUAUUAAACCUUUAGCCUUGGAUCUUGAGUGUUUGGAGCUUGUCUUACUCAAGUACUUGCUGCCUUUUAGCUCUAAAUGUAUUACAUGAACACUGACUGGGCUUGGGCUUUGUUUUUCGGCUUGUUAGGUUGCUCUCACUCCUCACUUUUCUGACUGUAACUGUUAUCCAAAAUUACUUCUUUUUUCUUAUUUUAGCUUUCCUGCUCUCUGGUUCCAACUUUGUUUUUUUAUGUCAUAAUCUUAACCUUUCAGAAGUCUG